GUGGCCCGCCUGUCGCUGCCGCUGCUGCUCUGGCUGCUGCUGCUCCCGCGCCCAGGCCGGCCGCUGGACUUGGCCGAUUACACCUAUGACCUGGGGGAGGAGGACGACUCGGAGCCCCUCAACUACAAAGACCCCUGCAAGGCGGCUGCCUUCCUUGGGGACAUUGCCCUGGAUGAGGAGGACUUGAGGGCCUUCCAGACGCAGCAGGCUGCGGAUCUCAGGCAGCGUGCAACCCGCAGGUCUCCCUUCAAGGCUGCAGGGAACUCAUCUACCCCCAGCUGUCAGAGUGCUACUUCACAGCCGCAAAGGAGAAGCCGAGGGAGACGGAGAGGCAGGUCCCGAAGCCGGAGGGCUGCCACCUCCCGGCCAGAGCGGGUGUGGCCCGACGGGGUCAUCCCCUUUGUCAUUGGGGGAAACUUCACAGGCAGCCAGAGGGCAGUCUUCCGGCAGGCCAUGAGGCACUGGGAGAAGCACACCUGCGUGACCUUCCUGGAGCGCACAGAUGAGGACAGCUAUAUCGUAUUCACCUACCGGCCCUGCGGGUGCUGCUCCUAUGUGGGUCGCCGAGGUGGGGGCCCCCAGGCCAUCUCCAUUGGCAAGAAUUGCGACAAGUUCGGCAUCGUGGUCCAUGAACUGGGCCACGUCAUCGGCUUCUGGCACGAGCACACACGGCCCGACCGGGACCGCCACGUCUCCAUCGUGCGUGAGAACAUCCAGCCAGGGCAGGAGUAUAACUUCCUGAAGAUGGAGGUACAGGAGGUGGAGUCUCUGGACGAGACCUAUGACUUUGACAGUAUCAUGCACUAUGCCCGGAACACGUUCUCCAGGGGCAUCUUUCUGGACACCAUUGUCCCCAAGUAUGAGGUGAAUGGGGUGAAACCUCCCAUCGGCCAAAGGACUCGGCUCAGCAAGGGGGACAUCGCCCAGGCCCGAAAGCUCUACAAGUGUCCAGCCUGUGGAGAGACCCUACAAGACAGCACCGGCAACUUCUCCUCCCCCGAGUACCCCAACGGCUACUCUGCCCACAUGCACUGUGUAUGGCGCAUCUCCGUCACACCUGGGGAGAAGAUCAUUCUGAACUUCACGUCCAUGGACCUGUACCGCAGCCGCCUGUGCUGGUACGACUAUGUAGAGGUCCGAGACGGCUUCUGGAGGAAGGCGCCCCUCCGAGGCCGCUUCUGUGGGGGCAAACUCCCCGAGCCUAUCGUCUCCACGGACAGCCGCCUCUGGGUUGAAUUCCGCAGCAGCAGCAACUGGGUUGGGAAAGGCUUCUUUGCAGUCUAUGAAGCCAUCUGUGGGGGUGAUGUGAAGAAGGACAACGGCCACAUCCAGUCACCUAAUUACCCAGAUGAUUACCGGCCCAGCAAAGUCUGCAUCUGGCGGAUCCAGGUGUCCGAGGGCUUCCACGUGGGCCUCACCUUCCAGUCCUUUGAGAUCGAGCGCCACGACAGUUGUGCCUACGACUACCUGGAGGUGCGUGACGGGCACAGUGAGAGCAGCACCCUCAUCGGGCGCUACUGUGGCUAUGAGAAGCCCGAUGACAUCAAGAGCACAUCCAGCCGCCUGUGGCUCAAGUUCGUCUCUGACGGAUCCAUUAACAAAGCUGGCUUUGCUGUCAACUUUUUCAAAGAGGUGGACGAGUGCUCCCGGCCCAACCGCGGGGGCUGUGAGCAGCGCUGCCUCAACACGCUGGGCAGUUACAAGUGCAGCUGUGAUCCUGGGUACGAGCUGGCCCCUGACAAGCGUCGUUGCGAGGCUGCCUGUGGCGGGUUCCUCACCAAGCUCAACGGCUCCAUCACUAGCCCGGGGUGGCCCAAGGAGUACCCCCCCAACAAAAACUGCAUCUGGCAGCUGGUGGCGCCCACCCAGUACCGCAUCUCCCUGCAGUUUGACUUCUUCGAGACUGAGGGCAACGACGUGUGCAAGUAUGACUUCGUGGAGGUGCGCAGCGGACUCACUGCGGACUCCAAACUGCACGGCAAAUUCUGCGGCUCCGAGAAGCCUGAAGUCAUCACCUCCCAGUACAACAACAUGCGCGUGGAGUUCAAGUCCGACAACACGGUCUCCAAAAAGGGCUUCAAGGCCCACUUCUUCUCAGAAAAGAAGCCAGCACUGCAGCCCCCUCGGGGACGCCCCCACCAGCUCAAAUUCCGAGUGCAGAAAAGAAACCGGACCCCCCAGACAGCCGGCUGUGACCACAAGGUGACUUCCACCAGCGGCACCAUCACCAGCCCCAACUGGCCCGACAAAUACCCCAGCAAGAAGGAGUGCACCUGGGCUAUCUCUAGCACUCCUGGGCACCGGGUCAAGCUGACCUUCAUGGAGAUGGACAUCGAGUCCCAGCCUGAGUGUGCCUAUGACCACCUAGAGGUGUACGAUGGCCGUGACAUCAAGGCUCCCGUCCUGGGUCGCUUCUGUGGGAGCAAGAAGCCCGAGCCCGUCCUGGCCACAGGCAACCGAAUGUUCCUGCGCUUCUACUCCGACAAUUCUGUCCAGAGGAAGGGUUUCCAGGCGGCCCACUCCACAGAGUGCGGUGGCCAGGUGCGGGCCGAGGUGAAGACCAAGGACCUUUACUCCCACGCGCAGUUUGGUGACAACAACUACCCCGGGGGGGUGGACUGCGAGUGGGUCAUCGUGGCAGAGGAGGGUUAUGGCGUGGAGCUCGUGUUCCAGACCUUCGAGGUGGAGGAGGAGACGGACUGCGGCUAUGACUACAUGGAGCUCUUUGACGGCUACGACAGCACGGCCCCCAGGCUGGGGCGCUACUGCGGCUCUGGGCCUCCCGAGGAGGUGUACUCAGCAGGAGACUCUGUCCUGGUGAAAUUCCACUCGGAUGACACCAUCACCAAAAAAGGCUUCCACCUGCGGUACACCAGCACCAAGUUCCAGGACACGCUGCAUAGCAGGAAGUGACCACUGCCCCGCACGGGGUGGGGAUGGAGGCCUGUGCCCUCGGUCAGUGGGCCGGACAGUGGGGGGCAGGCAGGAGGCGGCACCCCGUUCCUGUCCCCCGGCACCGGGACCUGUGGGCCGUGGCCCAGGCGAGGCUGUCCUCAGGAGGCAGGGGGUCUGGACUCCACGAGCCACCUCCCCGCGAUCCUUCCUCCCGGCCCCCACCAGAGUGGGGGCACCAGGGCCAGGGAACCGGAGCUUUCACUGAGACACUUGAAGUGGCCACUCCUCUGUGGGGGCCUGGCCCAGUGGGGAAGAGGGUCGGUCAGCAGGACCCACCCAGCUUCCCUACCCGUCUCUACACGCUGUAUUGUGUAUAGCCAGUGGCAUAUCUGCAUUGUAAUGUACGUUUCCCACCCCUUCUCCAACUUCGAUUUGGUUUUAUUUUAAGCCUUCACUUCCCCCAGUUUCCAGGGGCAUGAACUUUCAUACACGUCCCAUAGGAGCCACAUGGGGAGAUGGGGGGUGGGUGGGGAAACAAGACAGGGCUUCUCUCAGGCCCGGUGGCUGCUCAGCCGCACCAGGUCACCCCAGCCAAUAAACCGAAAGUG